AUGGUGACUAGAGCUAAAUCUGGUAUUCACAAACCUAAUCCUAAAUAUGCUCACACUUCUAUUUCUUUAUCUUUUACUGAUAACAUUGUUGAGCCUACAUGUUUUACUCAGGCUAAUAAAGUUAGGGAAUGGGGGUUAGCUGUGACUGAUGAAUUUAAUGCACUUCAGAAGGGCUGGUACUUGGGUUUUCGUGCCUCACACAUCUCUAUGAAUGUUUUGCCCAAUAAGUGGGUUUUCCGUUUAAAACGGAAUUCAGAUGGAUCGAUUCAACGUUACAAAGCCUGA